CGGGCGUACUGCUAUAGGCCCCGCCCUCGCCUCCUGUGGAUCAGCUGAGGGACCCGAGAUGUCUGUUGACAGCGGCGGAGGUUGUGUGGCCGGUUCCGGGCUCCGCGCAGGGCGGGGGAUGUGAGUCCUAUGGAGCUACCAGUGGAAGAUGAGCAGCAGCUACCGCAGGAGCCCUGGGGGAGGCUCCUUCGUCUAGGCGCGGAGGAGGACGAACCGCAAAUCCUUCUGUGGAAACGCGAGUGGACCAUCGGAAGGAAGAGAGGCUGUGACCUCUCUUUUCCCAGCAAUAAACUGGUCUCUGGAGACCACUGUAAACUUACAGUGGAUAAAAAAUCUGGUCAAGUGACACUGGAAGAUACCAGCACCAAUGGAACAGUAAUCAACAAACUGCAAGUUGUUAAGAAGCAGACUUACCCUUUGCAGAGUGGGGAUGUCAUCUAUUUGGUAUACAGGAAGAAUGAACCAGAACACAAUGUGGCAUACCUCUAUGAAUCUUUAAAUGAAAAACGAAGCUUGCCUCAAGAAUCCUUUGAAGCCAAUAAAGAAAAUAUGUUCCAUGUGACCAAAGAUUCCUCAGGUCUGGGGCAGGGUGAUGACCUCCAGGUUCCACCAUUAUCACACAAGGUUGAAACAUGCUUAGAGGAACCACAGCCAUCAACAUCGACAUCAGACCUCUUCCCCUUGGCCUCUACCUCUUCUGUGGAGCCAGAGCUGACCUCUGCAGGGCAAAAACAUUCCUCUAGCUCUGGACUUGGGAAAGCAGGCAUCUCUCCAAAAGAAUGUAGUCCACUUGUUGCAAAUCAUGAACUCUCUAGCCUUUCUCCAGUUCUCCAAGACAAAGAAGCAUCCUUCUCUUUGUUGGAAACUGAAGACAAUGAGGAAUUGGAGCCUGCCAAAAAAAAGACAAAAGGAGAUGAAGAGCUUGACUUGAACCUGCAGUUAUUGGUUGCAGACCAGUGUGGAAAUGCCCAAACCUCAUGUGAGGAUGUCAGAGUUGCCUCUGUGAAGCCAGACAAGAUGGAGGAGACACUAACAUGCAUCAUCUGUCAAGAUCUUCUGCAUGACUGUGUGAGUUUGCAGCCUUGUAUGCACACAUUUUGUGCGGCUUGCUACUCUGGCUGGAUGGAGCGUUCAUCUCUGUGCCCUACCUGCCGAUGUCCAGUGGAGCGCAUCUGCAAAAACCACAUCCUGAACAACCUCGUGGAAGCGUACCUUAUCCAGCACCCAGAUAAGAGUCGCAGUGAAGAAGAUGUGAGAAGUAUGGAUGCAAGGAAUAAAAUCACUCAAGAUAUGCUGCAACCCAAAGUCAGGAGGUCUUUCUCUGAUGAAGAGGGGAGUUCAGAGGACCUGCUAGAGCUAUCAGAUGUUGAUAGUGAAUCCUCAGACAUCAGGUUAACAUGUGCCUGGCUCAUAGUGGGGCCUGGGGAUAAGAAAUACAUUAAUACUGUGCUUAACUGUAUUGUGGAGUGUAUAGGUAGAGGACUUCAGUUAGUCAGUUUUCUUAAUGUUUUUAGUUUGUUUCCUCAAAUGUAUGACCAGAUUGGAUACUACAUUAUCCUUAUAAAACAGAUAAUAUUCAUCCUUCCUCUGGCAGAGCUCAACCUGGGGGACAAGUGCUUGGAUGGAGUGCUGAACAACAACAACUACGAGUCGGACAUUCUGAAGAAUUACCUGGCAACCAGAGGUCUGACUUGGAAAAAUAUGUUAGCAGAGAGUCUCCUGGCUCUACAGCGGGGUGUAUUUCUCUUGUCUGAUUACAGAAUCACUGGAAAUACUGUGUUGUGUUAUUGCUGUGGUCUGCGUAGCUUCCGAGAGCUGACCUACCAGUAUCGACAGAACAUUCCUGCUUCUGAGUUGCCAGUGACUGUAACAUCCCGUCCUGAUUGCUACUGGGGCCGGAACUGUCGCACUCAAGUGAAGGCUCACCAUGCAAUCUCUCAAUUUGAUUAUUUCCUGCUAUCUAGUUCUCUUAGGAAAUUCAAUCACAUCUGUGAACAGACAAGGUUCAAGAAUUGAGCAUUGGAGGAUACACAUAAAGCAGUUACAGAGCACAGGAGGCAACAAGACUAUGUUUUUUUUUAAAAAAAAAAAUCAUAUAUAAAUACUUUAAGGGCAUUUUUAAGAGUUCUCCUUUUACAGUUCCAGCACUGGGGUUUUUGAUUAGGCACUCCAGUAUAUAUGGCUUUUCCCUUCAGUGACAUACACAACACAUGCACACCAUGUGCCCCAGUAAUCUAGGAGCUACACACACACACACACACACACACACACACACACACACUCUGUGCCCCAGUAACCUGGAAGGCCUACACACAUGCACAUAUACCUUAUGUGUGCACAUGUGUGCAUACACAUACAAACACCAUUUUUCCCAGUAACUUGGAAAGCCUACUGGCCACACUGACUUCCUAGUCGAUACAGGAAAAUCAACAGACCAAGAGAGAGCUCCCACUAGACAGCUCUCCCCUCGUGUGUGAUGAGGCGGUGAUAGUGCAGGUUUAUACUUUUGUAUCUUUUCUAUCUUAUACCUUGACUACAGCUAAAAUUUAAAAGUUUCGUGGGGAAAGGGUCAACUAUGUCAGAAGCAUUCUAUGUAAGGAAAGGAAGCAUAAGUUUACAACCCCCAGGGAUGUAUAGGAUAGUCUGUCUGGAAAGCCACAUGGCCUUUUCUAUAUUUUUUAUUUCAAUAGGUUUGGUGCUUACCUUCUACUAAGAAUUAAAUAUUAAAAACUGUAGCACAAAUAUUAUAAUUUACAAAUUGACUGAAAUUGGGAAUAGUCUGAUAUUUGAAAGAAUGAGCAUAUGUUUCUGUAUUUAAAAAAAAAAUUAAGUGUCCAAAACUGCUCAUCCUGAGAAAGACAUCUUGAGUAUCCAGGUCCUUGACAGGGUGACAGGGUGAAGCCUUUGCCCUUAGUCCUCCAGUCCCUGAGAACAGCCCCCUUCUGAAACCCUAGAUGGCUCUAGACUGAUAGAACCUCUGCUUUCCAAGCCCUGUGCUGGGGCACUAGGUUUGUCAUGUCGUCUAGAAUAAUACUUGAAAUUUUGUUUUUCGUUUUUUUUAAAGUUUUUUUUAAUCUUUUAUUGAAAUCACCUGUUAUGUUUGUUUGCAAUCUGCUAACUUUUUGCUUCUCAGGAAUACAAUUUUCAACUGUUGUCUUGCUCUUGAUACAGACUGAGAGGCAGCACUCUGUAUUUGUGGGAGGUUCUCUUUUUUGAGUCUAAUAAAUGAGUUGUGUUUGUUUC